AUGGGGAGCAGCGCCACGGCCACCACGACUGGCGAGAGCACCCGGCAACAGCCCGGGCUGGCUUGUGAAGAAUGCCGCAGACGCAAGGCACGCUGUGACCGUGUCAGGCCAAAGUGUGGGAUUUGUGCUGACUCUGGGAGGAACUGCGUUGUCUUGGACAAGAGAUCGCAGCGAGGCCCCAAGAAGGGCCAGCUGAAAGACCUGCGUUCAAGACUGAUGCUGCUGGAACAGCGGCUGGUUGGCCAAAAUGAUGCCCCGAGUCUACCCCAAGAGCGUGACAGUCUUGGUUGCCCGACGCCCUCCGAGAAAGUCAGCCCGGAAGGCGACCUCGUCUCCUCGAGGGCAAGCACCGACAUUGGGCUGGACACAUGCAUGGGCUCUACUGCUGGGGCAUUUGCACUCUUUGGAUCGACUUCUGGCUCGGACAAGAUGCCGCCACUUACACCGGACCUCUCGACGGCGUCAACGGCGAACUCGAUGGCGGCGUGCAUCUGCAAAGGCUGGCAGACGGAGCCUGCGAUGUUCUCAACAAGCCCUUUUCCGCAAAUCCCCCUUACUCCACAGUCGACAACGGCCCCGAGCCGCAUGCCGUCCAUAUCACUUGCUGCUGCGGACCCAAUCAUGCCCGACGUGAGAGUCCAUCCCUUUGCGCCCAUGGUCCACAAGAGGCGGUACUAUGCCUGGGCCAGCGACCCAAACGCCUCGCCGGCCCGUACCGCUCUGCGCUCCGCCAUGAGGACCAUUGCGUCGGCCAUGUCGCCUCAAUUCUGCGAUAUAGGACACGUCAUGUAUGCUUCCACGCGACGCAUGCUCGAGACACAGGACGCAUGCCCGGAAACCGGCCUCCCCUGGAUGACGAGGCUCAAGCCACCUCAUGAGCAGCGGAAGAUGCACCACGAGCGCAUACAGGCUUGGCUCUUGCUGGCGUACUAUGAUGUCUUGCGUAAAUCAGAGCAUCAGGCCUUUAUCACCGCCCGCCGAGCAUUUCGCCUUCUCCGCCUCUCUGGCCUGUGCGAGAUGGACAUAGACGCCUACAGCGGCAGACAGGGCGAUGUCGCGACAUGCACUCCGCCUGCUGAGACAACGUGGAAUAUGCAGAUGUGUUCGUCAGAGAAUGGUGCAGAUGAGGCUGUUUUGCAGCAGGAUUGGAUCUCCGUGGAGGAGAGGAGGCGGACUGUCUGGAGCGCCUUUCUCCUCGACCGCCUCUCGACAAUGGUCAACGACCAGCCCACGAUGCUGAUGGAAGAAGCGGUAACCAAACCUCACGCAUGUACAUUCUCUUGGUAUUUCUCAGCUGACUUACCCAUCUCUAACCAGUUCUACACACGACUUCCCAUGUCAGAGGCCGAGUUCCAGAGCGGUACCCAAGAGCCCGUCUCGCAGAUGGGCUUCCUGAUCGAGGCAACAGACGGGAUCAAAGCCUCCAACAGCAUCCAACCAUUGCCCCCAUUCGCCCAUUGCGUCGUCGUGGCCAACCUCUUUGCACGCUGCAUGACACACUGCAAGAUGGCCAUGCAAUCACCGCCCAUGUCUGCACCUGAGGCCCACGACUUUUGGAUACGACAUCAGUGGCUGGCAUCCGCGGCUGCAAACGCCUGCGAGUCUACGGAGACGCGAUGUGACCCCAUGCUGGUCUUCACGCGCAUAUUGGCUUACAGCGCGAGCUUGUCACUGUGCAGUACGGCAAAUGCUACGUCGUGGCAGACGCUGGACCACCACUUGAUGGCGAUGGCUUGUAAGCCGGCUGCGCAUCAGGCCGCUUCCGAGGUGGUGCGCAUCAUCAAGACGGCCCCGCGAAUUGCCUUCUUCAAGAUGCACCCCUUCUUCCCUAAUGCCAUCGCACUCGUUACCAGUUUCCUCAACGCCGACGUGCCUUAUCUGCCUUCGACACGAGGUGGCAAUGCCAUGGACGCCAUUCAGGAGAGACAGGAUGCUGUGAAUGAAUUGCUUGCGGCGCUGCGAAGAUCAAGUCAGGUGAACAACUUGGCUGCAGAGCUAUUGUGCAAGCUGGAACUGGACAUUGGACAGGCGGCGAGCGAUGGGAGCAUUUACGGCUAG